CUAGAAAAUUUAAUUAGUGACUGAGAAGACGCUUUCGUGCAAACAUUAAAGUUAAUUUUUAUCGUCGGACAAGGUCAGCCAAUUUUUAUCGGUGGACCAUACAAUGAAGAGUCCGUACAACAUUAUCAAUGUGAUCGGAACAGUGGUUGCGAUUUCACUACUCUCCGGAGAUGUGCUAUCCGCACGGGCUCCGGUCAUAAAGCAGUUCGAAGUGGACGAAUUCAACAAUGUGAUCAGGCCAUACGAGCAGGUCGACGGGAAGCGGUCGGAAAUUGUUGUUGAAAAAGUGAAAAAUCUUCGAUUGGAAUGCCAUUCCGACUAUCCGGUGCAGUGGAUUUACUUAGGAAAUGGGAUCCCCAUCGUCAACACGGAUAUCUCACGUGAAAGCACACUAUCGACAACCGAUAGGCGAAAUAACGGUCGCAACGGGUUCAUAGCAUCAAUAUUUCUGGGAUCACUUAAAGAACAGCAUACUGGAAAGUACCAAUGCAGUCGCACCGAUUAUGUCACAGUUGUACCGAAUUUGUAUGUGUACGUGCCUGGUCAAGAUUUGUUUACAUCAACACAAGGCAAAACCAUUCAAAUAAAUCCGAAUGUAACGUCCACUACGGUACCUUGCACAGUUUCUGAUCCACGCAUCAAAGUUUCGCUAUUCAAAUUGGACGGGAAUGUGUUGAAGAGGCCGGUAACUAAAGCAGACGAUGCGAUUAUCUACGAUCCGCGGAAGGGAUUCCGCAUCAAUCUGAGGAAAAUUGAAGACCCAGAAGGCAGAUACCUUUGUACAGCUUAUUACAACAAUGACGUAAGAGAUGUGGAGUACACAAUUGCAUCCAGUGUCCGAACGGAUGAUAUCCAAUCAGAUGCACCGGCACCAGGAAAUUAUGAAGAAUUUAAAAAACCAAAGGAAGAGACUUGUACCGGAGAUGAAUGUAAACAGUGCCAAACCCACACUGACUGUCCACCGAAUAUGAACUGUUACACGGACUUUAAGUGUCGCGAUCCAUGCGAGUACUCAAUUCGAUGUGGAACUGCAGCCAUGUGCCGCAUUGUCGAAAAUCGGCCGAAAUGCUAUUGUCCAUCUGGUUUUGUCGGUGAUGCGACCAAGGAAUGUUUGAACAUAUCGAGAGAACGAUACGAACGAUAUGAACGAUACCCAUGAUGCGCACCAGGACAAACGAUCUGGCUUUGAAUCGAAUUUUCGUCGAAUGUACAGAAUUAUCUUUUUGAAAUAAAUUAAAUGAUUU